CGGUUGGGCGGCAAUCAGUUGAAAGAGCUAUCACGUGAAAUAUUUCUUGAUUUGUCUGCCUUGGAAGAAUUGUAAGUAACAAUUUUUUCCAAAAGUUUUAGAGAUAUCACUAUUCUGUACAUUGCGUUUGUAUGAGAUCCACUGUUAUCAACUGGUUUAAAACACAGCACUGAAUUAUUAAGAAUAAAUCUAUUAAUCUUCGGGGGGGGCAGAGAGAGUUAAUCUUCUCAAAUUUUUAGCAAAAAUUCGUGAUUCUCUAAUUUUAAACGUUGUCUUAAACAUCAAACAUCAAACACGUUUUCUGUUAUCUUUAAAUGAACGCACAAUCAGACAAAGAAUCUAUUUGUGUGAUAAUGAAGAAACAGAAAGUUGUUAACGGUGAUGUUAUCCAGGGGGUGCCUCGACCAAAAGAUCAUCAGUUAGGACCAAUAAAAAUGCAUUUAUAAUUCAGCUUAUUAACAAAUUUUUUUAAAUUGAUUCAUCGAAUAUGGAUGCCUUGUCACAUGGUGAAUCAAACAGCUUGCAUUCACAUUUAAGUUUGUCGAUAAACUAGCCAGCAUACAACUGUCUUUUGGUAUAAUGAUUGAAAAUUUUUAGUUAGGCGUUGUUGAAUGAAUUUUGUUGGAUAAGAAAUACAGUAAUCUUCGACGGACACGUAUCAAAAUCAUUUUCCUUAUACGGUUCCGCAAAUAAAGUCGAUGCCCAUAAUAGUGGGCAUAACAUCUAUUUAUGGCACUCGAAAACUUAUUUAGUUAAAGACAUUUGACCCAUUAGUUAAAAGUGUCUGUUAACGGCAACUUUUGACAAGUUCUAUUCACUUCGCUCUCCGAUUAUUUCAUUGCAAGGGACUUGUCCUACAAUCAGUUGCAGUUUUUGCCCCGAGGGAUACUUAACAAUAAUAUCAAGCUGACAGAACUGUAAGUAAAACUGAUUGUAAAAAAAAAAAGAAAAGCAAAGUUACAGGUCCAAUAUAGAUAAUUAAUGAUGGUGGUCUUUAACUACUUGAAGAGUUUGCUUAUUUCUGCUUCGACGUGAUCCGUUAUCGGCGGAUGAAUUGAUUCACUAAGUGGGUUUUAUUUAGGGUUAGAACUCAGAAUGCGUUCGGUGGGGAGGGCCUACCAUUAAUUAUUGUCUCAAAAGAAAGAUCUCUCAGUUUACUGCAUGUAGCUAUUUUUCACUGAGUGAAUCUGCUGCAUACAUAUUGGUGAUUCCUGGCCAUUAUUUAUGGGGUAUUCAAAAUGUCUCUAUUCGCAAAAUUUAUAUUUGAAAACACGUUGCGGUAUAAAACUGGUUGGCUCGUUUGGCUCUUGUUUGGCUCAUACCAGAAGAAUUAAGUAGCGGGCUAUCAGCCAAUUAUUAAAAUAGGAUUUAAGUUCUUGAACUGUUAUUUAGCUUACUGUUAUCUCAAUAAAUACUCUAAGGGAUUUAUCAAACAACGAAAUUCAGCGUCUGCCCAUGGAUGUUUUUGGCAACCUAACUCAGAUGAAAAAGCUGUAAGUGGCAUUCAGUACAAACUCCAUAGCAAAGGGAAUUAUGAUGUAUAGUUUUUCGUAGCGCUUGAAGUAAACAUAUGCAUUAUGACCAUUCUAAAAAUAGAGUUUUGUGGAUUUAGAUUUUUUUAUUAUUUCAAGAUGCGUACUGCCUUUAUGUAAUGCUAACUUUGGUGGAGUUGGUCAUCGAGAACAAUUGAAAAAAAAAAGGUCAAUAUUAAAUUCAAUUGUCUCACACAGCCUUUUGCUUCACGUGACUUGUGACUAUAAUUUUUUCGCUAAGUAACCAGGGAACUCUGUUAAGAUUGAUUUGAGAUGUAAGUGACUUAUUAUAGUUUGGUGCAUCAGUACUGAAAAGUGAUGUCAUGCUAUGAAAACGCCCAUUUUAACAAUGAACGCGCAAAUGGUAUCUUUUGCCUAAAUUCUCAGGAUCAAGAGUAAUCAGUUUAUGUACUCAGCAAAAUAGCUUUCCCAUGAAGAAACAAUUGGGUUUUAUUUCAUGCCUAUUCGGAGAGAAAAAGAACCUUUCCAAGAAUCUCAAAUUCUAUUUCAACUGAUUUUUUUUUCAUUUUAUAUAUCACUCACAGCUUACUCUCCAGUAACAAACUUCAGCGCUUGCCAAGGUUCAAAAAUCUCUCCGAGUUGAAAAUAUUGUAAGUGAUUCACGUUUGUGAUAUAACUGGCUCAGUACGUGUCUUGUAUAAUGAGCAUUAAUUAAAGGUAGCGUUGGCCAAAACCAAAGGAUCAGCUUGGAUACGGACUAUUUCUCUGGCAUCUUCUUAUGACUUAAAAGUUUGUUUAAGGAUGUUAAAUGAUUGCGUAAAAAGUUGAAUUAUACAUUCACUUUGGAAAGAGAUACCAUCAACUAAGAACUACUCAAGGGUCAAAUAUUGAAGGUGAUAAAACAAAAUACAAUACAACACAUCUCGUACAUUACUUUAAUAGCACCCUCCCCUUCGGGCUUUACAAGGACCAUACGCUAGAAACGAUCGCUGAUGAUUGAUGAUUAACCCAAAUCAAACUUCAAUGAUCAAUUUUUAUUUUUCUUAAAAAAUGUAUGAAAUUGUUUAGCGGUUAUCAAAACAUUGUCGUCAAUAUUGAGUUUAUUUGGGUUUUAAAUGAAAACGCAGGAUCUAUAAAUUUCAGUUUUUACCUAACUGUUUUCUAGCAGCUUUUCCAGAUGUUCCAGAAAAGGGUUGUUCAAGCUAAAAGUAUAGAAUUCCGGGUGAUGCGAUUAGAAAUACGAGCUUUAACUCGAUUGCAAAAGUAAAUGGGCGCACGUCCGAUCAUUCAUUUAAUUUUCACAACAGCGUUACCAAGGUUUAACCAUUGUUUACCUGGUGGCCAGCAUAGUCCUUUCGGUGAAGGCGUAACACGAUGGAACUUAAUUGUUCUUGUCACAAUGCACGGGGCAACGUCUUGGUCCAAAUACAUUUAUGAGAUGUUUUUUCAGGAAGUGUUGGAGCACACUGAUGAGCAGUAGAACAGUUUGCCGAAUACCAAGGCGUUAAUACGCUUUCGAAGGAGGUUUCCAUAAUAAGCAUGUUUAAUUCGACUGACUUUAAUUAAAGAUGAAACAGUUUCUAUAAUAUAAGACAGGGUUUGGGACUAAAUUAGUCUCGAGGUCCUCAAAAGAUUAUGCUGAGUCAAGGUUACUUAAGAAUCAAUAAGUUUCGCAGUCAGCUCUGUGCUGCCAAAUAUCAUUAAGGUCAAUAAAUACCUCCCCCUAUCAAAGACUCUGUAAUUAUACCGAGCGCCUGUUGCAUUUUAUUAUGUAGAUACAUGUAUAACAACAGCCUCGUACACCUGUCACCUGAUCAGUUCCAAGGCCUGUCCAAACUGGAAGAACUGUAAGUAAGCAUUCGAUAGAAAUCAUACCUGACUGCACAAGUAACUAUUCCUGACCAAAUAUGUACUUAACCAACUCAGUAGGGCGAAUAGACCUUUCUUUCCUCCUCCCACCACUUUUGCCCAAAGUUCGCUAAAUUUUUAAGCUAGUGUACUUUGAUUGGAUAAACCUCAGGAACCUUAGCAGAAUUCUGAAAAAGAUGCUUUAUCAUCCAUCCAAGACAGCAACUGCCACCUCGGAUUUCUCCAGAAAAAGACAGAAAAAGAAGAGAACUAGAGAUGUAGCAAUUCUCUCCCUCACCCCCGAAAAAAAUCAACAGAUCAGUGAAACAAUGCUUUUAUAGAAGUCCAAAUACUAGCAUGCACUAAGUUUUGAUAUUUUCAACAAGGUAACCGCAAACUGCAUAUCAGUCUAACUUUCCGGCUGUGAGGUUUAGUUUUGUUUUUUUGUUUUUGUUUUUGACUUUAUUACUAUGUUUUCAAUAUCGGAUAGCUCUUGAAGAUGUCGUAAGGAGAGGGCAUUUAAGAAUCAAUAAUGAUAGGAAGAAAGUUGAUGUAAAUACGUGCUUACCACUAAAUUUUUCUAUAUUUCUGAUAAUAAUGAUGUGCCCUCUAUGUUGUUCUAGGGUUGUUUACGAAAACAACAUUAACUAUCUGCCACGUGAAGUUUUUAAAGGCAUGAAAAACAUAAUGACUAUGUAAGUAAUUGUUUCUAAACUAUCCUCUGAUUAACGGUAACGAGGUACUGUAAAAUUAGUAAGGGUCUCGUGAAGAUGCAAUUAUAGCAAUGUAUAGCCAUUAUCUGCGACGAGUUCGGCUCAGGUAAAUCAAAAGGCCUACUAAGUUCCAAACCAAAAACACGGACAAUCUUCUACCCCCCGAGGACAGAGCAUACCUUAUGAUCAAAACCAUGUGUGAUGGACGACGAAAUAUUACGAUUGUGAAAGUGAAAACAGGCUGACUAAGAGAUUAUAUUAACUAGAAGAAGAGUGAACCACCAAAAGGCAAAUCAGACAAAACCUUGAGAGACACCAGGUCUCUUUAACCACCAAAAACAAGAUCCUGCUAAGGUAUCCCCUUCCAGAUUCAAACACUGAGUUUACAAAGACCUCUAGCGUGAAAACCUCUCGAGGGUAAGCAUGACAAUACUCAUGGGGUUACUUAAAUCGGCAUCGGUCACGCGGAUAGAAAUAGAUCUAUCAAUGGCGACUUAAAUAGAGAAUGUUCUGUUCAUUCUUGAUAACUUAACUGUCACUUUGAAGAACUUCUCAGUAAAAUGAAAAUUCGUAAAAAUACUUAUGUGACAUUAUUGUAUGGCGCACUGCCUACUGUACGGUGAGGUUCUUUUCUCGUUGCAGAACAUUUUGAACAAAUGGAAGAUAUUGCCUUCCAUCCUUGACUAAUUUUCUGUCCAGUGUUGUUUUAAUUUACGCUUUAAUGCUUGUCAGAUGACGCUCUACACUUUUCACUGUUUCAUCGUUCUGUAGGAACUUUUAUUUCAACAAUAUCCGCACCGUUACCAAUGAACAAUUCGAAGAUGUCGCCCCAAGUAUUCGAUUCCUGUGAGUAUGAGUAAACUGAUAAUAUUCCAGGUGUGUUCAAACUACUUUGAGUUCAAGGGAGACAGAUAUUGUCGGUGCGACCUUCACGUGCUUUAAACUCACGGAUAAGCACCCCUCCCCCAUUUUAAUGAAUGUACAAGUGAUCAUACCACUGGCCGAAUUGUUUAAGAAGGGAAAAUGGAGUAAACGAUUUUCACAUACAUACCACCACUGAUAUACUAAGAGUACCAACUGUGCCGCUAUUAUCGAUCGGCUUUGUACAUUAAUGCACAGUUUAUUCUUUUAUUUUCGCCCACAUGUUAUACUUCUUGGGGCGAUCAUAUCUGGUCACAAGAAAAAGUUUGGGAAAAACUUAAGGGAGGGCCCCUCCCCAUAAAGUACCCUCUCUGUAGUGGGCGACCCAUCUUUUCAACCUAAAUUUGAAAUGAGUGCACCAGGUGCUCUUUGGAGGAUUAACAGCCUAUGAAUAUAACAAAUAAAGACACUUCGACAUAGCCUUUGUAAGUGUGUUUUACAUACUCGAUGACGAGUUAUCCCUCUUCGGUGUUAGUUAUCUUUCAAAUAGUUGUUGAGAAUUGGGCAGGAAAAGGAACAAGAGAGAGCCGAAAACUGAUUAAUACAUAACGGUAAUAGGACUGAGUGGAGUCCAAUUCGGUCUGUAAUCAUACGAGUGAUCAACAAAAUCAGACGACGGCGAGGUGGGAGUCCGAUUUGUUAAUCACGACUAUGAUUACACACAGAAUUAGAUAACAAGAAGUCCUGUUACUAAGUAAUCAUAGCCAUUUGAAUUUCCGAAAAAACAAAUUCACCUAAAACAAAUAUCUCCAGUAGAGACGAUGUCUUAAGUUAAAAAUUCCUCCAUUUUGAAAAUUCCCCAGUUUUUCUUUGAAUAAGUGAUUGUUGCUGUGAUUAUUUCAAUCAUUUCUGUGAUUGGUGGAUUAGCUGAGUAGACUUAGUAUGAUUGGCUGCUUCAACUGUCCGAUUACCGGUGUCCGAUUACAGCCAACUGUCCGAUUACACUGUCUUAUUACAACUGUAUGGGAUGAUUAGUGAAAAAUGAAGCCGCGAAUGCUCCAAUAAUAUUCGAGGAAUUAGUAAUGUUUGUGAUUAAUAGGCUAAAGAUAUCGAUGUUAUCAAGAAUUGGCGAGCAAAGUUUGCCUGAAUUACUUUCCUUAAAUUUGCAGGUACUUCCAUUACAACGAAAUGCGAGAACUACCUGAGGGUUUCUUUUCAAACAUGAAGUAUCUAAUAACUGCGUAAGUCAAGUGAAAUAUUCUCCACGCAAGGAGUUUGAAAUUAAAAAAUUUCAUUUGCCAGUGCCCAGUUAUACUGCACUGACUAUAUUACUAUUACACUUUCAUUUUCUUGCAAAUUUAGAUCCUGUGACGAAUCAAAUUUGUCUUUUUUCCCCUUUUAUUGUUCAUUUCAACUCUUUUUAUGAACCGUAGGACUGUAGACACCAACCUGAUGUGUUGCCAUUUGACGAAGCAGGAUGCAGAUUGCGACUUUGCUUAUGUCGACAGCUUCGCCAGUUGUGAAACUUUGUUCAGAAAUCGAGCUCCUAGGGAGUGCCUUUGGGUGGUUGGAAUUAUGUCGUUGGUUGGUGCUGUGUUUGUCAUUGUGUGGCGGUUGGUGUUUAAGGAGAAGAAGAAGAAAAACAAGAUACAGUCCAUCAUGUUGAUACAUUUGGCUGGGGCUGAUGGACUUAUGGGUGUCUACCUCAUAACUAUAGGUGUGGUGGAUGCCAUUUGGGCAGGGGAGUAUUAUUUGCAUGACUAUUACUGGCGUUCAAGUUUGACAUGUCAGAUAACAGGUGCCAUUGCCGUGUUGUCAAGUGAGGUGUCUGUUAUGACGAUUUGUUUGCUCUCCGCCGACCGGAUGAAGAAUAUUCUAUUCCCCUAUCGUGGAAAGUCCCUUACACUUAAGGUUACGCACCUUUUGUGCUUCCUUAUCUGGAUUGUUGGUGUCAUAAUUGCAUUUAUUCCCACGGUGGGCUUCGACUACUUCGGUAGUCGCCAGAAAGGUCAUCACUUUUAUGGCAGAUCAGUUGUAUGUCUGCCAUUGCAGCUUUCCACUGAUAAGCCGUCGGGCUGGGAGUACUCUGUUGCCAUGUUUGUGGGUUUAAACUUUACCCUUGUGCUCUUUGUCGUUGUGGCAUACACGAUGAUAAUCUAUAAGUCCUGCGCAUCAAACAGGCGCAUGGCUCAGCAAGGGACUGAAAGAGAGAGGAGAAUGAAAGCCAAGUCAAGGGCAGCCGAUCUGAGGAGGGAGGCCUCGCUCGCCAAAAGAGUGUUCUUCAUUGUUCUUACCGACUGUGUCUGCUGGAUGCCUAUUGUGGUGAUUGGAAUGAGGUCUCUCGUGGAAAAAUCCUUCCGUACACCUGGUGACCUCGCAGUUUGGAUCGCAGUCUUUGUUCUGCCGGUUAACUCUGCCAUCAAUCCCAUUCUCUACACUUUAUCAACAGUACAGGUAGUAACUUGCAACCUUCAUAUCUUUGCUUAAACGUCUUUCUGCAGCUUGAUCAGCUGAAGUUUGAAGGAUACUUUCAUAAACAUUUUAUUCUAUCUCGUGAAGAAUAUCAAAAGAACUAGUUAAAAAGAAAAUACAUUCCAAUUUGCAAGAAAAUUUAGUCCUUAAUCUGCCAAAAGAAACCAUUUCCCAUAAAAAAAGUCUCGCAACUGAAAAAAACACCGCGUAUACUUAUAACGUUUACUUCAACACGUCGUUGAAGUAAUUUUUUGAAAUAAAAAUUUUUUUUCGUUUUUUUACUCGUCAUCCUUUUGAGUAGUGGAAGUUGUAGAACUCAGAGGGUGCUAUUACUAACUAACCAGUUAAAAAAUAAAGAUUAUAUAAUUCCCGUACCUUGUCCGGUCAUCUAGAACGACAACAUUUUCGCGUUGUUCGGCAUUAGGUAUACCAGCCUUAUUACGCUACUUACUAAGAUACUAGCAGUGUUUAAAUUUUUCUCUACGUGCCUAAAAACUGCGUAACUAACGAAAAAUAAAAUUGUUUGUUUUCAAGUAAUAACACUUCCGGUGAAGUGAAAAGAUCGCGCGGAAAAAAAAAAGAGCCCCAACCAACAAAAACGGUUCUGUUUCUGGAUGACCUACUAAGCAUAAGUGACUAGUACUCUGACUGGUUGAAACCUUCAUAUUGAUCAUUUAAGCAUUGGACAGCACUCUCGCUCGGUUUACCGGCAGAACAUCCCAAGCGAGAUGUUGGGAGAACUUCAAAAAGUUUUGAAUCACCAGCCGAGAGCGAGGGACUUUUGAACUUUGCGAGUUUCUUACAGACAUCCUAAGAGAGUUAUUACCCAACUAUUUUUAAAAAUUAGAUCAAGAUUGAUCGGUUCAGAGAACCAUAGGUGUUUGACCAAUCAGUACACAUAGCAUUCCAAUUUGUUUUGUUUUGCUCUUUGUUCUUGAUGACUUGCAUUUAGGUACGACGUGUUCUGAAGGCUAAAUUCCAACAGUUCUGGAGCUAUUUGGUGGAAAAGUGUGGACGAAAUCAAAACAAUGAAGGUAAAUUUAUCGAAAAUCAUCCUCCGGAUAAAAGGACUAAGGAUUAAGGAUUAAGUACCUGUCUGAUUAAGUUUUAUUGUCACGUGAUUACCUUCUGGCUUCUGUUGCACUUCUGCAUGAUUAUCUUUUAAAGAAAAAAAAGGAAGGAAAAAAAUGACUAUCUUUGGUGAUGUUGAUUAUAUCUUCAUACAUGAUUCACCCAUCCACAAAUCACUGAUAUUUACAAUGAUGAAGAUAAAUACUAUUCGAGUAUGUUUGACUAAUGUCAUUGCUGUUUUCCAAAGGUCAAGAUCAGGGCGUUGAAAUGCAAGUCAUCGAGGAAGGUAUGAAAUAUUUACUAGGCUCAAGUAAACAUGGAGGAAAGUCGCUCGAUUUCCUUAAUCGCUCGGGUAAAUCUGAAACGAAGAGAGACAGAAUGCUAUGAAGAAUGGAUGGGCAAAGCUGAAAAUAUGAAAACAGUUUUACGUAUUUUCUUGAUUAAAACGUCUGGGCGAAACUGCUUAUUUAGAUCUGAACGCCGUAAGCGUAUAAUUGAGGUUUAAAUCGAGGUUCCGCCCUAUAGUUUAAGUCUCACUUUCAAGUAACUAUACUUAAUUAAAGAGCACUGUUGUCAAAUUUAUGCAAGAAAAUGUUCAAAGGAAAAAGAGUAAUCCCUGUAGAAUAACGAGCGACAAGUUUUUACGACGGGAAAAACUGAAAUUCGUGCCGUAUUGACCGACUACUCCUUGAAAUCGGAGGAUGAGCGAAGAAAAACCGGCGUAAAAUGACAAGAGACUAAAUCAAUGAUUAAAUUUAAAAUAAAUGCCGCGGAUGUUUAAUGAAGAAAAUGCGUAACAAUCGUUGUUAACUUAUUUAUUUUUCUUGAAAGAGCUGCUACCCAAGUUUUUGUUCUAAUAAAGACUAUUGCCCUUUCGUUAGAGUUUAUGUCAAACAACAGUCCACAAGAUCAAUAAAAUGUUAUGAUAUACUCUUUGAUUUUAAAUGAUAUACUGAAAAUGGUACUAAAGGAAGUAGCACCCGUGGUACAAUCCACUUUUUAUUUUUUUAAACUUUUUUCUUUACAGUUCAAAUCCAACAAGACGCAGAGAGUGAUGACAGCGAUGACAGUGACGAGGAAUCGAGAGAUCAAAGUGAGCAUGAGCAAAACGCUGAGCAGGCCGAGCAUGAAGAGCCCGAGGAGAGAGCUGUGACUGAACAAGAAGAAAAACCCGAGGAAGACCACGAAGACCCAUCAGAGCUGAAAGACGAACCUAACAAACAAGAAGAAGAAUCAGAAAACGAGUUCAAAGAAUGCGAAGAGGAAGCGGAAGAUAACAUGGAACAUGGACCUGACAAACAAAAAGAACAACUAGAAAAGGAAUUCACAGAAUGCGAAGAGCAAGAGGAAGAUAACAUGGAAGAUGAGGCUGGGGAAGGUGACGAGUUAAUUGUGAAUAAGGGUAUGUUUAUCAACCCUCUGCUUCUUGUAAAAAAAGAACUUUGAUAUAUUGAGAUUAUUUUCAUCAAUUUGGAGGACUAUUGGUGAACGAUCUCUCUUCAUUCUAAACGUUAAACAAAUUGUUAGUUUCUACAAUUUCGUUACCUCCUUUGCCCUGCUUAACUACGUUCAGCGGUUUAUUCGGAUAGUGAAGGAACUUUUCCUCAUUGGAAAAUCUUGGAGCGGUUUUUCUUUCAGCAGUGACAGGAAGCGCUUUUACAAAGCUUACGUUGUACUACGGUGCCCCAAUUUAUAACAAUCUCGCUAUGAAUUAGUCUAAGCAGAAUUUAAGUAUUUAACACACGGUACGUGACUGAGUGUCUUCUUUUUUUUCCUUGUGUCAUGUGAUUAUGCAACAGAUAAACACCAAGCAGACGAUAAUCUCCUAGCAGCCUCUGGACGAGAGUCUCCAAGAGCACCGCUGGCCACGUUUGAUGAUGACUCCGACCUUGAUUUUUUUUACCCAGCGCUCGAUGGUAUAAAAGAAACGAGUGUGUAA